AUGGGCGAGCAGCAGAUCCAGAUCACAGACCUCGACCCCAACCAACUGCAGGAGGUCAAGAAGCAGCUCGACGAGGUAGGUGUUGACGUCUCGGCUGUGCCGCCUCGCCUCGCUCACACCCACCAGGAGCUCGACCACUUGACCAACUCGUUCGGCCAGCUCAAGCAGGCGCAGUCCAAGUUCCGCUCGUGUGUGGCCGACGUUGACGAGCUCACACCUGCGUCUGAGAACAAGGAGGUGCUCAUCCCCCUCACGUCCUCGCUCUACGUCCCCGGCAAGCUCACAGACGUGAGCAGCGUCGUCGUCGACGUCGGAACAGGAUACUACGUCAAGAAGACCCGGGCAGAGGCCUCGGCGCACUACGCCGCCAAGGCCGAGUUUGUCGGCAAGAACCUCGAGACGCUCCAGAAGACGAUUGAGCGCAAGCAGGAGAACGUCCAGAGCGUCGUGCAGGUCCUGCAGAUGAAGCUCCAGCAGCAGCAGGGCGGCCAGGGCCAGGCCAAGGCGUGAGCACACGAGUAGAGCAGCAAGCACGAGCAUCCACAUUUGUACCCUGCAUGUAUACCCAUC